UUUCUCUGGGGCUGCCCUAGGUGGUGCCAGCCACUUCCACGCUCCCUCCGCCGCCCUCUGCCCCUCAGGUCGGAUGGGGACAGGCUGGGGCCACCAGCCAGCUCCAUGGACAGGGACCCUGCCUCUGCUCACCUUCCAGCUUCGGAAAGAAAAGAGAAGCCUGUGUUGAUUUGUGUUUGGAAGCUCCUACCCCCUCCUAAACUUCCAGGGGCAGAGAAAGUGAUUCAACCUUGGAUUGGCUCUAGAAGAAGGGACAGAAAGAGCCCAGAACAUCCCCCCAGAUGUUCCAGCUGUGACUUCUCCCCGGCCCCUUGAUGGGAACGCCUGAAAGGCCCUCCACUGGCUGGAUGCACAAGGAAGCAGAGAUGUGGAUCGGUCCCCAGCUGGAUGAGAAGGGCAGGGGGUGGAGGCUGGGAGGUGGGAGCACUGCCCCUGUACCCCUCCCCCCAGCCCUGUCCUUCCUCCUCCUCCUGCCAUUGGCCAGCGCCCUACAGCCCUCUCCACUGCCCUUUCCAGAGCUGAGGCUGGUGGGGGGCCCGACCCGCUGCCGGGGGCGCCUGGAGGUCCUGCAUGGCGGCUCCUGGGGCAGCGUCUGCGACGACGACUGGGACGUGGUGGAUGCCAACGUGGUGUGUCGUCAGCUGGGCUGUGGCCUGGCGCUGCCUGUGCCGCGGCCCCUCGCCUUUGGCCAGGGCCGAGGCCCCAUCCUGCUGGACAACGUGGAGUGCCGCGGGCAGGAAGCCGCGCUGAGCGAGUGUGGCAGCCGGGGCUGGGGUGUCCACAAUUGCUUUCACUACGAGGACGUGGCUGUCCUGUGUGAUGAAUUCUUGCCCUCGCAGCUCCCAACAAGGAAGAUGCCAACCAGCAGAGUACCCUCUACAACUCUUCAGAACGGGAAAGGUGAGGGCAGCGUGCGCCUGGUGGGGGGCGCGAACCCCUGCCAGGGCCGAGUGGAGAUCCUGCACGGCGGCCUGUGGGGCACGGUGUGCGACGACGACUGGGGGCUGCCGGACGCCGCCGUGGUCUGCCGCCAGCUGGGCUGCGGGGCGGCCUUGGUCGCCACCACCAACGCCUUCUUUGGCUUCGGUACCGGGCACAUCCUGCUGGACAACGUGCACUGCGAAGGCGGCGAGCCCCGCCUCGCAGCCUGCCAGAGCCUGGGCUGGGGCGUGCACAACUGCGGCCACCACGAGGACGCGGGUGCGCUCUGCACAGUUCUGGGACCCCCCACUUUUACAGCACUGCCACCCUCGGCCACAAGAGACUACUGGGCCUGGCACACAGAUCCAGCCGGUAAAGAGCCCAGCUCUCCUGGCGGGAAUGGUAGGGGCAAGCCAGGCCCAGAGGAGCUGGGACUGCAAGUCCAGCAGGAUGGUUCUGAGACCACCCGGGUGCCCACGCCUCGGCCUAGGGACGGGCACCUACGUCUGGUCAAUGGAGCCCACCGAUGUGAGGGGCGUGUAGAGCUCUUCCUGGGGCAACGAUGGGGCACUGUCUGUGAUGAUGCUUGGGACCUGCGGGCAGCCGGUGUCCUGUGCCGCCAGCUGGGCUGUGGCCAGGCCCUGGCAGCCCUCGGUGAGGCUCACUUUGGCCCGGGUCGAGGCCCCAUCCUUCUGGACAAUGUCAAGUGCCGUGGGGACGAGAGUGCAUUACUGCUCUGCUCUCACAUCCGCUGGGAUGCCCACAACUGUGACCACAGUGAGGAUGCCAGUGUGCUGUGCCGGCCCUCAUGACCCAGCCCACUCUGCAGACCACCUCUUCUCCGGGGAGCCUACUGGGACCUGCCCUUCCUCUUCCAGGAAGCCCUCCUCUUGUGACUACUGCAGUUCACGUUGCCCCUCCCUCCCCUUGCCUGGGAGAGAG